AUGCGGGCUCCGCUCAUCAUUUUCUCGCUGCCCUCCCCCAGAGGAGGAGGAACAGCAUGCCACAGACCUCCUCACGGCCCUAUCCUCAGCAUCUCCUCGGACCCGCUUGUACGCUGUCCUCCGUGGGCCCACCAGAGGGCGCUGUGCGGAAACGGCCAAUCAAACCGGAAGUGCCUGGGGAAGGUGGGGCUAGGCAUGCGCAUUGGGGCCCAUCGGGACCCUCGUGGCUCGGGCGUGCGCGGUGGGCGCAGUGCGCAGGCGUGCUGGGGCUUCGCCCCUGACGGUUGCCCAGGCCCCUGUUUGGCGCCAAACUCGGCCCUGAGAGGGAGGGAUGGCGGGGCUGCCGGGGCGCUCGGGGGCUGCCGAGCCGCAGGGGCUGCCAGGAUACCUGGGCUCCUUGGCAGGUUAGCGCUGGGUGGCAGGAGCUGCGCCAGAGAGGAAAGAGAGGGUGGCCGGGACUCCUCAGGCCGUCGUCGGGGCCCCUCGCCAUGGUGUCCCUGGCUUCCUGGGCCUGAGGCCUGCGUCUGGGCUGGGACGGUUGAGCCACGGGCCGGGGAGAGGCGGGCAGAGGGUCGUGCCGGAGCCCCAACCUCACACACACACACUCCCCGCCGCCUGGGCUCAGGUCAGGGAGAGGGCAGGCAGAUUAGGUUCAGGAGACUGCUGGCCUCUGUCACCUGCCCACUUGACGCCUUACACCCCACCUCUCUGCGUCUCCCUGUCAUGGCUGUGGGCCAGGCAGCAGGACAGGUCAAGUCCUCACAGAAAAUUGAAGGCUUGGUGGAAAUGGUGAAGAAGAUGCAGAAAGUGGGAUGCCUAGAGCCCAGGGUUGAGGUCCUGAUUAACCAGAUUAAUGAGGUUCAUCAAGCAAAAAAGAAAACCAAUGAAGAGCUAGGAGAGGCCCGGACUGUCUGGGAGACCUUGCAGAAGGAACUAGACUCUUUGAGUGGAGAGAAACUGCGCUUGAAAGAAAUCUUGAACAAAAAACAAGAGUCUCUAAGAAUCCUUCGACUUCACUGCAAAGAGAAGGAAGGUGAGGCACAAAGGAAGCACAUCAAGCUACAGGGCUGCAAGGAGAGAAUUUCUGCCCUAAAUUCCAAGAUUGAGGAAGAGAAGAACAAACAGAGACAGCUGAGGUUGGAAUUUGAAGAACAGCUAGAGGAUUUGAUGAGCAAGCACAAGGAUCUAUGGGAAUUUCAUAGAUCUGAGCGACUGAUGCAGGAGAUUAGCACACUGGACAACAGCAAGGAACAAUUACUUGAGGAAGAAAAGCUAGUGGAGGCAAAGCUGGAGGAUGUGAAGCACCAACUAUGCUCCCAGUUUGGAACCGAGGGUAGCUCUACUAUGAGUGAAGGCAUCUUCCUUCGGAGCCAGGAGGCAGCAGCUGUUGUGCAUUUACUUGAGGAGGAGAACCAGAAGGCCCAGGAGCUCAGGCAGGCAGCUGUCCAGCGCCAUGAACAAUUACAUCAGAAGUGUCAUCAACUACAGCUGAAGAGGCAUAGGCUCAAAGAGGAGCUGGAAAUGCUAGGAUUACAGGUCCCGGCUCAAGACCAGAACAAACAAGAAGAGGCUAACCUAGCAGGAGCUGUGAGUCCUGGAACUGGGAGGCAGGGACCUCAGAUAUCUCCUCAAAAGAGCUGAGAGGAGUAGGACAAGAAGGAGAUCCAUGGAGGUUUG